AUGACCGCUACUCUCAUUCGAAAUACACCAAAUCCCCUUCUUCUCCCAGAGAUUGUGGAAUAUGUCGUCGACAAUAUUUGCAUGGUGCCAGAUCUCUUGAAUUGCGCCUGUGUGAAUAGCCUGUGGAAUUUGAUAGCUUUGAAAAGGCUCUAUAAAGGCUCUAUGAAUGACAUGCGGUACCGUACGCCCGACAUUGAGUCACUGAACUAUCUUCUCGUUGCAUCGCGAGAGCGCUUCACCCAAAACAUGAGCUUUGUGAAGCAUCUCCUGCUGGCUCCUGAGACACCUACGAUUGAUGAUGCUGCACGUCCAAACACGAAUAGGCUCGCUUGUUCGGUGAAACUUCGUCCGUUGCGUCGUCGCCUUGAUGCUGAACGUCUCCUUCGACCGCAAGGCAGCGGCCUUGUUAGUCUCACAAUUCCCUUUGAGAUCGACCAGGAUUGGUCACCUAUUUCUGACCUUCUUCUAUCUCCUACUAUUGAAUAUUUGGCUAUUGAUAAUUUCUACUGUGAGAUUUUGAUGGCUAGUUCUACUAAGUCUGUGGAACCGAUUACUCCUGCUGAUAAGUUCUCAAAGCUCAAAGCUCUCACAAUAUAUAGAUCAGAGAGCAGUCGAGACAACAAGCUGCUUUUCCAUUUGAUCCAAAGCUGCAAUUUGCAUUUUUUUCCAUUUCGAGGAGAGAUGCAGAGAUCAGAUGACUCCAAUUGA